GGAUAAGGUAAAGUCCUCUGGCGCUUAAUAAUUGGAGAAGAGAAGAAAGUGUAAAGAAUGUCGUCUCAGUUCAGACUUUGAAUUAGGACACCAAAACCCCAUUCCAAAGGUCAGAUACAUACACAUAUAUGCAUAUAUAUGGGUAUAUGUGUACGUAAAUACGCAUACAUAUAUAAAACGCUUAGGUCAUUACAAGUCUUCACUUGAAACAAUUCAAAAAAACUCUGAGAUCUUACAACUCUUUGAUUCCCCCUCUCCGAUUCGUAUAAACUCCUCCUCUGUUUCUGCUGCAUCAAUGGAGGAAUGGACUAGAGGCCCAACCAUCGGCCGCGGCUCCACCGCCGCCGUUUCUCUCGCCGUCUCGAGCUCCGGCAGACUCUUCGCCGUCCAAUCCGUCGAGCUCUCUUCCUCGGCGAUCUUACAGAGAGAACAAUCCCUCUUGUCCGAAUUGAGCUCUCCCCACAUAGUCGAGUUCAUAGGCUCUGUCUCAACGCGCGAGAACGACAGAUUGCUCUACAAUAUUGUUAUGGAAUACCUCUCUGGAGGAACUCUUCAAGAUCUGAUCAAGAAACAUGGUGGGAAGUUGUCGGAGCCGGCGAUCAGAUCCUACACGCGUCAGAUUCUGAAGGGCUUGAGCUAUCUUCACGGGAAAGGGAUCGUUCACUGCGACGUGAAGAGUCAGAAUGUGUUGAUAGGCGAAAACGCUGCCGUGGCGAAGAUUGCCGAUCUGGGUUGCGCGAAUACGGUGGAGCACGGCGGUGCCACAUCGGAUUUCUCCGGUACGCCGGCGUUUAUGGCGCCGGAGGUGGCUCGUGGUGAAGAGCAGGGGUUUGCGGCUGAUGUGUGGGCGUUGGGUUGCACAGUGAUCGAGAUGGCGACCGGUUCGAGCCCCUGGCCGGAGCUGGACGACGUUGUGGCUGCAAUGUACAAGAUCGGGUUUUCCGGAGAGUCGCCGGAGAUUCCGGGAGGGUUGUCGGAGAAAGCUAAGGACUUUUUGAGGAAUUGUCUGAGGAGAGAAUCGAAAGAGAGAUGGACGGUUCAAGAAUUGCUGCAACACCCGUUUCUCGAUGAACAAGACGAAUCUCGUAACACGAUGAGUUCUUCCUCUCCUAGCACUGUGUUGGACCAAGAUUUCUGGGAUUCGUACGAAACAUCCAAAAGUCAAUUGGUUCAGACAGAAAACGAGGACCCUUUUGCAGAUCAUACGAGUUCUUGGGGUUCCCCCGCUGACCAGAUCAAGAAACUCGCCGGAGAUGGAUUUUCCGGCGUGCCUGACUGGGAUUCCGAUGAAGACGACUGGAUUCAAGUGAGAAACGAAGAAAUCGGAGAAACCCAGAAACGUAACGACGAGGAGAACGAGAUUGGAGACGAGGAAACGCCAUGGGAGACAGUGGAAGAAGCUGAGAGUUGGAUUUCAGAUCAAGACAGUGUGUUCUUUGAUCAUUUUUCUGACAAUAACAACAUGAGUUACCGCUCCACUGUCGCAAUAGAUGUAAUUAUAUCUGAUUGCGAUAACGUCGGCCAUGUUUUUGUAUCACCAAACAUAGAUUUCCGGAGAAAUAAUAAAAAAAAAAUAUUUGUUUCCCAAUUCCAUCCUUUACUCCAUAUUAGCAUAUCCCAAUUUGUUUGAACUGUUAAAUCGGUUUGGACUAAUAACCGAUUGAAUAAUUUAAAAAAAGG